UAGCAAAGUCCCACACCUGAAAAAUAAUCAAUUUGGUUGGAGGAACUUGCACAGUAGUAGUAUAAUAAUCGAUAAAUCUUUAGAAGGAAGAGCUUAUUAAAGGGACUGGGGUAAGUUUCCUUCAUUUGUAAACAUUUCCAACAUGAUAAUCAUUUGGCAAUAUUGGCCAGCACUUAUAUCGGCAGCAUUCUGCUGCUAUUUUCUUCAUGAAUUGCUAUGGAUAAAGAAGCGAAGAAGGUUGCCUCCCGGUCCAAAAGGACUUCCAAUUUUAGGAAAUUUGCAUCAGUUAGGGAAGAACCCUCAUCAAGAUUUGUGCAAAUUGGCCAAAAAACAUGGUCCAAUCAUGCACAUGAAGUUUGGAACAGUUCCAGCUAUUGUGGUCUCAUCUCCAGAAGCAGCUGAGAAGUUCCUCAAGACUUAUGAUCAAGUUUUCGCCAGCCGGCCUCAUCACGAGGGCUCCUGGCACCUUGGUUAUGAGCAAAGGAACUUGACUUUCAGUCCAUAUGGUCCUUACUGGCGUAAAAUCCGUCAACUCUGCAACUCUCAUCUGCUCAGCAAUAAAAUCAUUAGUUCAUUUGAGUCCAUGAGGAGGGCAGAGGUGGGAUUGUUGGUCGAAUCGCUUAAAAGGGUAGCCUCAGAUGGCGCUGCUGUUGAUUUUAGCACUGAUAUAAGGUCGUUGGGUGCAAAUAUGAGUUGUUUGAUGAUUUUUGGGAAGAAGUAUCUGGACAAGGAUUUUAAGGAUAAGAGAUUUGGUAAUGUGGUUAGAGAAUCACUCGAAAUUUCAGCGCUUAUUAAUCUUGGCGAUUAUUUUCCUCUGGUUCGGGUGCUUGACCUUCAAGGAUUUACUCGUCGGUUUAAGAAAAUCGCCAAGGUUUACGAUGAUCUUCUCGAGAAAAUCAUUGAUGACCAUGUAAAUUCUCAGGAUCAAAAUGAGACCAAGGACUUCGUGGAUAUCUUGAUGGAUAUUAUGGAAUCUGGAAAAUCUGAAUUCGAUUUUGAUCGUCGUCAUGUUAAAGCUAUUUUAUUGGACAUGCUCAUAGCUUCAAUGGAUUCUACAAUGGCUACAGUUGAAUGGACACUAUCAGAGCUCAUCAGGCAUCCUCAAACUAUGAAGAAGCUCCAAAAAGAAAUAGAAGACAAAGUUGGAAACGCGAGGAUUCUUGAGGAAUCAGAUCUUGAAGGCCUUGUUUAUUUGGACAUGGUUGUGAAGGAAUCCAUGAGGCUCCAUCCGGUGGCGACAUUAGGGCUUCCUCAUGAAUCUUUGGAGGACUGCAUAGUGGAUGGAUUCCAUCUCGAGAAAAGAACACGGCUUAUCAUAAACAUAUGGGCAAUCGGUCGUGAUCCAUGUGUAUGGACUGAUCCCGAGAGCUUCAUCCCUGAAAGGUUUCUCGGGAGCAGUGUGGAUCUUCAAGGUCACGAUUUCAAACUUAUACCGUUUGGUUUUGGAAGAAGAAGCUGCCCUGGCUUGCAGUUGGCGCUUACUGUCAUGCGUUUUGUGUUAGCGCAGUUGGUGCAUUGCUUUGAUUGGAAACUCGCCGAUAAUGUCGAGCCAAGUCAUCUGGAUAUGUCCGAGACUUUUGGUAUAGUGACAUCAAGAGCUAAGUCUCUAAAGGUGGUUCCCAUUUACCGGCUGCAGAAGUGAUAGAGAACCUGUUGUUAAUUUCUGCUCUUUUGUUCAAGAGUGAGGAAUCUGUUUCAUCUCUUCUAAAGUAGACGAAAAGCUAUCAAGUAUGAACUCAUCUUUCAUUGUACUAAUUUGUUUACUCAGUCCGAGAAAAGAAGCCCUACUUCUUACUUGAACUAAAGCAAUUCAACAAAGGGGGCUACUUUUUCUGGAAACAAAAGGAGUAAUGCAGAAUCGAAAUUCAACUUCUAUCUUCUGCUCUACCUCUAGUGAACCCUGUGAUCAUUAUACUAAGGUAGUCACUGAAUUUUUAAAAAACACACCCAAAGAAUAUCAUGAAACUGAACUAAGAUAGAGCUUUGUCCUAAGCUAUCUGACAAAGGAAUCUUAAUUAUUGAGACUGACUGAAUAUUGAGUUCUUUUUCUUCCUGCUUUAAUAGAAUGAAGGAAUGAUUAUAGAGGAGAGCAAAGAAAAGCACAAAAACUACCUUGACGCCAUAUUGAAUUCAACAAUAUUUCCAAGCAUGUAGAUCCACUAAUGCUGCUAUGCUUUCAUUUUGAACUCUUGGCCAACCUAACUUUCUUUAUUUC